AUGAUCAAAGCUAUAGUGCGAGCCAUUUUCAACUAUUUUGGUAGAAAAGCUCAAGUGAAAGGGAAACGCCCUCGUGAGGAUCUUGGUACGUUUGACUGUGAUGAAGGUAGAAAGGCUCAAGUGAAACAAAAGCGCCCUUGUGAGGAUCUUGGUGAGAGUUCAUCAGCAACUGCGGCUGCUUCUGGUACCGAAGCUCAAGUGACAGAAGAAGACGAAGAAUUCUUUACCAAGAACCGACAUCCGUAUGAUGUAUAUCCAUAUCCUGAUAUUGUGUACCAAUACGAGGGAACUCGCUUAGUGCAAAAAGUCUUUUUCCCUCCCUCCCGCCUCAAUUACGUACGGCUUGUUAAAAGAAGAGGACCUAUAACUCCCGAGGAAGCCGCUAUAAAGGAGCCAUACUAUCAUCACCUUGUUGCUUCUGGCUGGGGUGGCAAAGUUAAACCGAUGGGAAAACAAUGGUUGGCCAGGCUUAGUUGAAACUCUGCAGCAGCAGAUUCUUAAAUGUUUUGGUGUGUUUAUCACUUUUCUCUACGGAUUGUUGUCGCUGCAUUUGUUGGAAUGCGUUUGAAGUUUGAUUAUGUCCCGCAAAGUCUUGCUGGCUGUUUUAACGAUA